AUGGUAGCCAGUAGAGAUUUGCGUGUGCUACAGGCCAAUCUGAGGAAGGGCCCCGAGACCCAACUGAGCCUCCUGAACGACCGGUCGCUGCAAUCCUGUGACUUGCUGAUGAUCUCGGAACCAUAUGUUUUCCUGAUGAACGAUACUCGGCAUUCGCUAGUCGGAGGGUUGAGGCCGCACCGGAGCAUGAUCUGGGCGAACAAAAAGACAUUCCCGCACAGACAGAUCGACGUUGCGUCAGCCGACAUUGUCGCCAUACUGCUAUUUACGCCCUCGCCAACUCUAACAGUAUCAGUAUAUAUUCCGCCAGGAAAAGGGAGCGUAGGAACUAGGACACUAACUCAAGGGCUGGAUGCAAUCCGGGAAGCCUAUCAUCGAGUCCAGAGCGAGUACGGGGACAACAUUGACAUUCUCAUUGUGGGAGACUUUAACCGCCACGACCAGCUCUGGGGAGGAAACCAAGUGGCCACGCGGAACCGUCAGGGUGAAGCGGAACCAAUUGUGCUCCUCAUGGCGGACUGGGGCUUAACAAGCUUACUGCCCCGAGGGAUCUUUACCCGGGAGGAAGGCCCAUAUCGGUCGACCAUCGAUCUUUUCCUUGCGUCAACGGACCUGAGCAGGCGGGUCACGCGGUGUCGCAUCCACCCUGUUGAACAUGGGUCAGACCACCGUGCAAUUGAAACAACCUUCCAGAGCGAAGCACGACCAACGCCUCCCCCGACAAUCCGCUUCUCAUUCCGUGAAGCUCCAUGGGCCGACAUCAACAGGGAGUUAAGAGACCUAGAGAUGGAUAUCACAGAUAUCACCGACCGCUCCGAACUAGACGCGACUGCAGGGCACUUGACUCGCAGGGUAAGCGCAGCAAUUCGCCAGUUAGUCCCGGUUGUGCGGCCAUCCCCAUACGGCAAGCGAUGGUGGACAUCGGAGUUAACGGCAUUGCGAAACACGUACAUAUGGGCCCGAAAUCGAUGCACGCAAGCUCGGCGGUAUGGAGUCGACCUUACGGCGCUGGAAGACACGGCAUUGGAUAGUCCCUACACUGCGCUCGGGGACCAGACGAUCAAUGAUGAUCAGGGAAAGGCCCAUACGCUUCUUAGGACCUUCUUUCCGCCGCCGCCCAAUAUCCAGGAUGAGCCGCCAAGAGACAAAUCGCUGCCGGACGCCCUUCCGAUGGAAAUGAUCACGGAACACGAGAUCGAAGUGGCUCUAAAGAGGAUGGCAUCAUGGAAAGCCCCCGGACCAAACGCGCUGCCGGUGGUGGUAUGGCAACAAAUAUGGCCUACUGUGAAACAAUGGGUCGUCGAAAUCUUCCAAGCGUCACUCCGACUCAGCUACUUCCCCAGCGAUUGGAAGGUAGCUAAGAUCGUGGUGAUACCCAAGAGUGGACGUGACCCAUCGUUGCCAAAAUCAUACCGCCCUAUCUCGCUGUUGGCGACUCUCGGAAAGGUACUAGAAGCAGUCGUCGCCAACAGAAUCUCAGCCCUAGUCGAAAAGCACCAGUUACUGCCCCCAAAUCAUUUUGGCGCUCGCCAGAGGCGGUCAUGCGAGCAAGCGCUUAACAUCCUAAUGGAAAAGAUACACGAUGCGUGGCGUGAGGGCAAAGUCCUCAGUCUGCAUCGGUGUGGUGCCCCUAUACGACAGGAUUCUAUUGCUGCGGCGGGAACCGGACGGCCGUUCGAAGCCAUCCAGCGAGUCGCGUCUCAGGCGAUCGUGGGCGUCUUCCGGAACACAGCGCUCGCCAUCGCCGAGGCAGAGGCAGGGAUUGAACCGACUGUCGUACGCCUUCGAGCACGCAUCAUGAAGCAUUGGAUCAUCUGCCACACCUUACCAAGGGAUCACCCUUUCUGGUCCUGUCGAGCGGCGGCCGCAAUGCAGAAUGGGAGGUAUCUGUCACCGUUCAAAAUACUAGCGAAGUACGGACCACAAUGCUUGUCUGACAUGGAGGUCAUUCGACCCUUCCCUCUAGAUCCAUGGCAACGGUCUCUCAGGGAGUUGAUCAUCACUGUUGGAUCUGAUAUGAACGAGCUGCAUGAGGCUGGCCAUGCCCGUCUCUGGUUGUUCACCAGUGUCAGCGUCCGCAAUGGUUUGGUCGGAGUGGGGCUGAUCGUUCGUGUUAACCAAGUCGAUAUCGCCUCGUCACACCGGACGGUCGGAAACGAUGACUCGCUCAACGCUCAUUACGCACAGCUGGGGAUGGUGCUGGAGGCUGUCUCAUAUGUCAUGACAAUGCUCCCUCGUAUCCAGAUGUCACCGUACAAAAUCCAGGUUGUGAUCGUCGUGAGCAACCCUGCUGUCCUGCUUUCGCUUGCGAAGCCGCACCUUCAAGGCGGACAGGCUCUUAUCACGAGGAUCACCAACACAAUCGACCAGCUGCUGGAGAUGGGGACUAAGGUUAGCCUGCAGCCACCAACUGAUGAAGACCGCGAGAAUACUACGCGAACACAUACCCUCGCACGCGAAGCAACAGAAGAGAACUGCGAAAACCACUUCCAACUGUGGACCACUGGCCAGUUUACUCGCCAGCUGGAUUCGGCACUCCCAGGACCCCACACGAAGAUGCUCUAUGACAGCCUGGAUCGGGAGAAAGCAGCAAUACUAGCUCAACUCCGUACGGGACAUGCCAGACUGAAUGGAUAUCUUCAUCGAAUCGGCAAGGCCGAUUCGAUUUGUGCGAAUGUGGCAUUGAGCGAGAAACAGUCCCUCAUUUCUUGCUUCGAUGUACACGGUGGAAUGAGCAGCGUCGCGCGCUGA